CAUCAAAGUACCUAACCCCAUCAUGUCCACCUAUAGAGGAUCGAAGAAUGCCUCGAGCACAGCUUCCGGUGCCUCAAACCCACCAAGUGACGCUCUCAUCUCUGAAUCAAGAAAGCGCCAAUCUAAACGUGAUGACGCUAUUAGACGGAAAAUUGAAAAUGAUUUGAGUAAGAAGAAGAGAAGUAGCACUCGUACUAAUAGAAACAAGAAGGGUGCACCAGGAACUGUCUUGUCAUUGAACCCAUCCGAACCAAUUAUCUGCAAGCCAUCUUCUACAGUGUACGAAGUCUCUCAAUUGAUGACUGCAAAGAGAGAAAAUUGUAUUUUGGUGGUUAGUGAUGUGGGUGAACUCUUGGGUAUUUUCACUGCUAAGGAUUUAGCAUUUAGAAUCGUUGGUUCAGGAUUAAAUGCCAAUAAUGUUACUAUUGAUCAGAUUAUGACCCCUGAUCCAAUGUGUGCCAAUUCAAAUACCCCAGCAUCAGAAGCCUUGAACUUGAUGGUUCAUAAGGGAUUUAGACAUCUACCUGUUUUAGAUGAUAAUAACCAAAUCGUAGGUGUUUUAGACAUUACUAAAUGUUAUGCCCAACAAAUGGAGAAGUUGGAAAGAAUGCAUGCAUCAUCAAAGAAAUUAUAUGAAGCUUUGGAUUCUGUUCAUUCUGAAAUUGGAAUGUCUCAACAACCAUUACAUAUUUUCCAAUAUUUUGAAAAUUUGAAGAGUAAAAUGAAUGGACCUACCUUGAGUUCAGUUUUAGAUGGUACAACUACUCCUGUUUAUUCUAAUGUUAAGGCCUCAGUGUAUGAUGCUACUGUUUUAAUGAAGGAAAAUCAUACCACAGCUGUUUUGGUCAAAGAUAAUAAUGAAGAUGUUACUGGUAUUUUCACAUCUAAGGAUGUUGUUCUUAGAGUUAUUGCCGCAGGAUUAGAUCCAAAAAAAUGUUCUGUUGUUAGAGUAAUGACCCCACAACCAGAUGUUGCGAGUCAAAACUUAUCAAUUCAAGAAGCUUUACGUAAAAUGUUUGACGGUCAUUAUUUAAAUUUGCCAGUGGUCGGAGAUGAAGCAGAAAUUGUUGGUAUUGUAGAUGUAUUAAAAUUGACAUAUACAACUUUGAAUCAAAUUAAGGUGAUUGAAGAAAAUGAAACUGCUGAAAGUAACCCAGCCAUUGGUUCGGGAGCUGGUGAUCAUAAUGAAGGACCUGCCUGGAACAAGUUCUGGACUUCUUUAGAUAACGAUGACACUGAGUCGCUUAAUUCCGAUUCAAUUGGUGGAGCUGCAGCUCCAGAUGUAACUCCACUGGAAUUCCACUCUUUCAACAUUGAUAGCAUUAAACCAUCGGAUUCUGUCUCAUACAUUAAUUCACCAACAAGAAAUCCAUUAAAUCGGUCCAAAUCUAUUGGGAAUAUUGACUCUCAAAUUCCAUUCACAUUUAAAUUUAAAUCACCUGCUAUAGAAGGAAGAGUUCAUAGAAUCUCAAUCCAACCUUCUGAAGGGAUCUCUAAACUUCGUGAGUUGAUAGAUAGUAAGCUUCAUGAAAAGGAUUUAACUUUUUUGAAAGGAGCAUAUGAAGAUGAAAUAUAUGCUAUCAGUUAUAUUGAUGACGAAGGAGAUGUUGUGUCCAUUACCAGUGAUCAUGAUCUUGUGGAAUGUGUGAGAAUUAACAAACAAUUACAGAAUGAUAAGGCAGAUUUGUACAUUCAUAACCCACAUGAACCAGCACCAGUAGAAGAAGCAAGAAUCCGUGGAGGUAGACCAACUUCAUCAACUUCAUCUUCAAGUAACAAUGGAUCCUCUAAUGAGCUUAUCAAGGGAAUACCGAACGAAGUGUUGAUUCCAGGUGCUUUAGGUGUGUUGGCUACUUCUAUAAUCAUUGGUCUUGUUCUUGGAAGAAAAUAAGUUAAUAUUGUUUAUUUAUACUUUUGUAACCGAGCUUUUAUAUUUACAGGAUGUAUUGAUUGCUAUAUAAAUAUGUAUAUGAAUUCUUGAAAUGAACUCAAACAUUUCUUUAUAAUAU